GAAAAAAGCCGAUGUAUUCCGAUAAAGGAAGUCGGGCAGGGGAAUUCCCGAUAAACUUUCCUAGCCAAAUCUCCUACAAACUUUCCAAAUGAAGAGGAAAUUCGUUGUAAACAUGUGAUGUCAGGAAAAAGUUAAAAUGUUGGAGGGUGUACAGUAUUAUCAGUGGUAUCACUGACCUUUAACCUUUCAGUAUGGAUCAUCGAACACAAGCUGAAGAACUGUAUAAACUCACAAAGUGUAAUGGUUCUGAAAACAGUAAUCAAUUAACCACGGUCAAAGAAUAUUUACGACAUUUUGUCUGUAAAUGUCAACCUUCACAGAAGUUCAAGGUCAAAGAGAUACCAAGUAUCAUAAUGAAGAGUGUAAAACAAGAAAGUUUUAUAUCAUCUAAAGCCAGUGAAUCGUUUGAGAAGUUGGAGUAUUAUUUCAGUCUUGUGUCGAGUAACCCAUGGAAGGCAGAAUUCCACACAAUUAAGAAAUACAGUGGAUUUUUUCAGACAAAGAUAGCGUCUCAUCUUACAGGUGUAGAAGAAUUGUUUCGAAUCGCAGGAUAUAGUGAAAAUCCUAUAAAAAAUGAGUUUAAAUUAAGUAAGAAUAUUAACAAAGAUUUGCUUUUAGCAUUGGCAUUUGAGUGUUUUAUUGCUUCUGUAGAAUGCAUUAUUAUUCAUGAACUGCAAAUAAGAACUAAGUUUUCGAUAAAUGCAGCUGACAUAGCAAAUUUACGAGCGACAUACAUUGGUGACGUUGAAGAAAUGUAUUCUGUUUUGAGGAAAUCGUUCAACUUAAAAAAGGACGAUUGCAUUAUGACAUCACCAGAUCAAACAAUAAAAAAUAUUGAUUACGUUGAUCAGUUGUCUCCAAGGCAACCACAGAUGAGAACACAACAUGGUCAAGCACUUUCUGUUGUAGAGAGUGAUAUUCGACCAGAAAUACAAAAUAGUGAAUUCAAAGAAGGCACAUUGGAAGAUCAUAUGAUGGCAAGCUUGCAAUUGAUUGAAGAAGAAAAAGAAGAAAUGUCCCAGACACCUAAACAACCAUCUGUUCGACCAUCAGACGAAUGGUCAUUUGUAAAUGAAGGUUUAUUAAAAAAAUAUGGAGAAAAGUACUUUAAUGGACAAAGAGGAAACAUUCUUCAAACUCCUUCAAGUAAAGAGAGUCGCCCCUAUCGUGACUCUGGAAUAGAAUCUGGAGUUCCAUCGGAAUUACCAUACGCAGAUGUGGAUACCAUAAGAACUCGAAGUACUCGUGUUAUUAAGGAAAAAACUCCACACAGUGCUGCUCAUGCUCAGAUUUCAUGGCCAACUAACCCAGAACAAUCACCCCUUCAUCGACCACAGUAUUCAUGGCCACAGCACGAGCCUGUGGCACAACCCGUUCAUAAACCACAAUUUUCUUCUCCCUUUCCACAAGGACAACAGCAAACAACGAAAGCAGAACUUUUAAGGGCAAGAAAUAAAUCUGUUAGUUCAGCUUUUCCACCUGAUCAGUGGUCGCCAAAAGAAAAUAUUAAACCUGAAAUCGUAGAACAGUUAACAGCUGAUGACAUUGUUGGAGUUAUUCGACCCUCAAGGUCAAUAACAAAGACGGACUUUGUUGUUGAUACCCCACAAAACCCUACUGCUGCACCUGUUUAUUCACGCAUAUCCAAACCCGUUGUGAAUGAUAAGCUCUCGUCCCCUGGGCAUUGUCAACCAUUUACUUUCAGUAGCCAUUCUGCUCCUAUUGCACGUAGGGAGACAGAAGAAAGAAUACCGUCGUGUAGCCUCGGAGAUGAAGAGACAUGGAUUUGUGAUCACUGUACCAUGAAAAACAAUAGAUUUGUCAAUACAUGCUACAUGUGUUCUAAGAGUAGGGAUAUCGUCAAAUCUCCAGAUGUCCGGUGGGGAAAGCAAUGUCCUCGAUGUACAUUACUAAAUAAAGCCGAUUCGUAUGCCUGCGCAGCGUGUGAUAACAAACUCCCAGAAGCUUGUGAUAAUCCUGUGUAGCAAUGUUCUUCAGGAACUUUAGUUCAAAUGAAAAUUACUUCAGCUUAAACAAUUACGUAUUUCAUAUUCUAAUCUUAAAUAUUUCGGCGAAAUUAGACUGAUUAUAAACAUAUUAACCUUUUUUUGACAAAGUCAAUAGAUUUUAUUUAAAUUUCUCAACCCUUUAAUGAUAAUUUUGUAGUUUUAUUUUAGAAGUUAUAAACAAUUGAAUUAUAUAUUUUUUGUUAGUGUGAAUAUUUUAGAUGAGUAAAUGCUUAAUGUUAGGACUAGUCCAUUAAAUUAUAAAAGUUAUUGUAAUCUGUCACUUGGGUUCAAAUUAGUAUGGUUCAUUUUUGAAUUGCAAAAGUCCAGGACUUUCAUUCUAUACACAAGAUGACUUUUGACUUCUCAAGGAGUACCUUUCACCUUAAAAUUUAAAUUACCCUUGAACUCUCUCUUUGGCACGUUUCACAUUUCCAUUCUCAAUUUUGUUGUCUCAUGAUAAGGUCCAUUUGGUAAAUCAUGUAAAUGGAACUCUAAAACAUAUUGCUCUCCAAAACUUUUUCUCUAAUUGAAAGUUAUUCUAGAAAUGUGUUUUGUACAGUGAAAUUUAUAUCACCUGUACAGCCAUGUGAAAGUACACAGUGAUAGAUAGACUGGAAUUUUGACUGACUGACCUUAAAGGGGGCUCCAGUCAUGCUUCAGUGAUUCCCUAUAUAAUCAACCUAAAUUUUACCACGAAAAGGGGGAGGGGGGCAGGGCCCACCUCGAUCUGCCUAUUGUGUGAGGUUUUUGUCAGAAUGCCAGAUUUAAUGGAUUAGUCCUUAAACUAGACUGAACUUUACACUUGUCCUACACUCCUCAAACUUAUUAAUUCAUGCUUAUAUUUAUUAAGAGAUUUAUUCACUAUUUGUAUACAGGCGUAGUAUUGCAAGAAUUUUUUUCUUGCAGAAAUGUUAGAUUUUUUCAGUAAUAUUUUUAAGCAUCUGUAUAUUUACUUGUAUGUUAUUUUUUUUUUAUUAUAAAUCACAAAGGUUGUUUGUAUUUAUGUUAGAAAUGUCAUGGUUCGUUGCAUGUAAUAGUAAAAGCACAAUUUUUAAGAAACCAGUAAAAAAACAACAAGAUGUUAUUACAAAGUUUUUAAAAUCAAUAAUAUUAUUCAUGAUUAUUCAGUCAUGACCAAAAUUUAAAAUUGCAAAAAUUGCAAAUGUACCUAUUCAUCUUCCAGUUAAAGAGCUCGAGUCUGAUCAAGGAUUUGUACAGUUAGAAAUCUAACUAUACAAAUCCUUGGCCUGAUGAGUGUUCCAGGUUUAAAUUAAAAAUUUAAAACAGCUGUUAAAAAUAUAUACAUAUUACAUGUAUUAGAAGGUUGUGUUUCUGCUAGAACUAUUUUUUGUUUUUGUUUUGUUUUGAAAAGUGUUAAAAACCUGAACAGUGUAUUUGUCUAAUGCAUUAUUUGUUAAAUUACCAAUUUAUAGCAAUGUGAAUAUGUGUAUUACUGUGGAUUAAUUCAUUUUCGUUGGAUACUAAAUUUCAUGGAUUUUGUGGUUACAGGUUAACCACGAAAUUAAAUGUUCCACGAAUGACAAAUUUGCUAUAGGCUUGUAUGUAGACUGCACCAAAACCAUGAAAUUAAAUAUCCGCAAACAGGCAAGGUUUCACUAAUCCACAAGACUUGGUACCCACGAAAAUAAAUGAAUCCACAGUAACUAGAAUGGAAGUAUGGAAUCACUUACAUGAGUGUACAUCAGCAAAUAAAGAAAUGUCUGUUUUUCUGUCUCCCCCUCCAUCAUUUGAUUGAUUUAAGGCCCUCAAAACAUUUUAUUGCUUGCCAAAAAAGUAUUUAAGAAAUAGCAUUGUGUGUCAUUAGCUAUAUGUGGUUCAUAUACUAAUCCUUUAUCCUCUCACUAAAAUUAAUUCUCUUUGGAAAUUGCAAAAAAAUAAAUGUGCAUGGUGGUUUUAUCAAAUUUUAAAUUUACUAAGAAGAAACAUUGGAUUAUUUUUGAAAUAAGAUAAAAAACUGAAAAUCUUUAAAAAGUGAACAAUUUAGUUAGAAAACUACCCACCUUAUUUAUAAUGACAGGAGAGAGGACACAGACAUCUGUUUGUUGAUUUCGUAAACCACUAAGGUAAAUGAAUAUUUCUUACAGAAUUUAAGCUUUAGAAAGAAAAUUUCUUUGAUUUUACAUUUAGAAAAAUAGACAUCAUCUAGACAAACUGUUUAUAACAUGACAAGAGUAGGAAUUCUGAAACAACAAAACCAUUACCAGCCCUUCGUGUCCUUAGAUAUACUCCUUACAAUACUUAUUUGGCACAACUGAUUGGAAUUUUGGAUACUCAAUGCUCUUCAACUUUGUACUUGUUUGGCUUUAUAAAUAUUUUGAUAUGAGUGUCACUGAUGAGUAUUAUGUAGACGAAAAACGUGUCUGGCAUACUGAAUUAUAAAUCUGGUACCUUUGAUAACUAUUAAUCUUAUUUUGGGGAGAAAUUUUCAGCUAAUUUGAUCAUUAAAGGUUCUAUGCAGUAUAAUCAAAUAUAUAAUAUGAUCUAUAUCAAAGUUAACCUCGUAUAUUUUCAAAGAUAUGAAUAGUUGGAUAAUAUUAAAUGAUACAUAAAAUUCUUCUGUCAAGAUUUUGUACAUGUUAAUUCAUUGGUUAACAGACUUCAUGUAUUUAUGUGGAAAGUCAAAUAGUAGGACUGGUGUGGCAAAAUAAAAAAAAACACAUUUUUAAGACUGUAUUUCAAACUUUAAAAUAUAUAUAGUUUCUACUCUUUUGCCACUCUUCAGUAAAAUGUGAUUUAAAAACAUUUUAGAUAUAAAGCACAGGCCCAUAGCCAGGAAUUUCCAAGGGGGGUUUCGUUGGACUCACAAACUAG